AUGACUCUACAAGAUUCAACACAACCUCGAGUCACUCCAGAUUCUCCGGCAUUGAAUGCUCGAUGUAUGUCACUUACAAUGGUCGAGAGACAAGUUAUUUGUGCGACUUGGGAAAAAGCUUCUUCACAAUGUGAUAUUGGAUGCGAGUUGGUUGCUAGAUUAUUGAAUGAUAAUCGAACAAGGUUCAGGGCUUUGUUAGGUAGGCAUUUCUUCUUUUUUUUGCUAUUUUUGAUGAAUAAUAGGAUUACCUGUGACGUUUUUCAUUCUAUUAAAAAUGUGAUUUUUGUUUUGAUUUCAAUUCUGACUUUCAAAACACCACGGAGUCAAAAUUAAGCGAAAAAAACAAAAUUUGAUUUUCGGAUUCGGAUUCGAGAUAUAAUUUUUGUAGUCUAGGAAAAAUGAAUAUCUACAAAAAAUUGUAUGAGAAAGGAUUAGUCAACCUCGAAAAUUCUGGAAAAAAAUCUUUGCACUUUUGCAGGAAAUCAAAUUUUCCAAUCAAUACUUGAGAAAUUAUUGAAUUAAUUAAACUUUGAGGAUACUCGAAAUACCUGAUGCCAGAGAAAACAGCAAAAGUUCUAUGAAAUUAAUUGAGGGAUUUGUGAUUUUUUGAUCUUCACAUUAUUUUUUUUCCUAACCUUUUCAAGUUGUCAAUUUCAGAUUUUUCUUCUUUCUGAAAACUUUCUAAAUGUCAUAAAAAACUAAUAUACCAUUAUCAAGAAAUCAACCAAAAAUCCGAUUAUUUUUAGCUUUCCAGUUUUCUUAGAAUUUAGAAAACACAAAACUGAAAGAAAAAAGUUGAACUUGAAGCGAAUAACAUCUAAAUUAUCAUUAGAACGCAUUUCCUCUUUAGGCUCAUGACGUCACAAUUUUUUUCAUAAAAAAGUUCAAGAAAUAUUUUUCUUCUCAAUAUUUACUUAGCCACCCAGCCCAGCUCAACCAAAAGUUUUUAUUAAUUGUGAGAAAAAUUGCAGAAUGCAAAUCUGGAAACUUUUUGGGUGCCACAACGUACACAGUGGAAGAUGUGAAUGAAAUGAAAAGGGCAAGGAAUGUGGCGGACGGUGUAAAUUGUUUUUUCAACAAGGUUAUAUCCAAAUUGAUGGAUGAUGAUUAUGUUGAUCAAAUCAGAGAGCUUUCACUUCAGUUGGGAGCAAUGCAUUUUCGAAUGAAGGUUUGGUUUCAGGUAAGAGAGAAUUAUUGCUCUACAAACCGAAAAUUUCUAUUUUUGUUUCCACUUUCUUCAAGAUGUUGAAAUACUUAUGUUAAAAGUUUUUUGAACAAUUGUUUUUCAGGCAGAAAACUGGCUCUGCGUGAAAAAUUGUCUGCUCGACUCGGUGGUCACUGCUCUUCUCAAAGACAACAAAAAUGGAUAUGUGAUUUGCGGUGGUGUGAAACGUGUACAAACUGUUGAGAAAAGUAUAACAACUGCGUGGUUCAAAUUCGUCCAAUUUAUCAUUCAAAAUAUGAAAAAGGGAUUUUUGGCAGAGGCUUUGAAUUCGGACAGUAAUAAUCGACCCGACAAGGAUUGUUGUCCAUCGCCUUCUGGUACAAGUUGCACAAAAAGUCUCUAA